GUGGCAAAUGACACGCCUUUACUGAUGUCUCCUUUAAUGGCUAUAGAAGUACCCAACUGAUACUAGUGAGGUCAAAACCGCGGUCCUUUUGUUUGCAGAACAAUCAUGGCUUCUCUCCUUUCUCCAUCCCCAAUCAACCUUCAACAGAACUGUAACUACACUAACUUGUCUCCUUUAAAACCCACUUUCCGAUAUCAUACUUGGUCCCCCACAAGUCGCUCGAAAUGCAGUAAUCUACAAAGGUGCAAUGCUAAUCUUGUUGACAUUCAAGCUCACCUAUUAGAACUGGAGGGGUCAUUGUCUCAGUUGCCUGCUUUUCAAUCUGUGCUUAUGCAAUUUGAAGAAUUAUCUGACUUGCAGAAAUGGGGUUUUGGGGUUUUUGGGGGGUUGACAUGGGUUUACUUGACAGCCAGACCUGGAGUGCUAAUAGGUGCUAUAGAUGCAUAUGUUCUAGCUCCUCUACAGCUAGGUCUGAAAAAUUUGAGUGGGAGGAAGUUGAGGAGGAUGGAUUUUUUGAUUGGUGAUAAAUUAGGAGAAGGCUCCUUCGGUGUUGUUUAUUCUGGAGUUAUGGUCCCCAAGAAUGUGACUGAUCAAGAGAAGUUGCAGAGCAGAAGAGGAAAAUCUUUACAGCUAUAUAGCAAGUUCAAUGAGAAGGUCAUUCUCAAGAAGGUGAAAGUUGGAGUUCAAGAGGCCGAAGAAUGUGGUGAUUUUGAGGAAUGGUUUAACUACAGGCUGUCCAGGGCAGCGCCUGAAACAUGUGCUGAAUUCCUAGGAACUUUUGUUGCUGACAAAACAAAUUCACAAUUUACUAAAGGUGGAAAAUGGCUUGUUUGGAAAUUUGAGGGAGAUCGAAGUCUCGCUGAUUAUUUGAAGGAUCGUAAUUUCCCUUUUAACUUGGAGUCCGUAAUGUUUGGGCGUGUCUUGCAAGGAGUAGACUCUGUUAAACGGAGUGCACUCAUCAUCAAGCAAAUAAUGCGCCAGAUUAUUACUUCUCUUAGAAAAAUUCAUGACACUGGCAUAGUUCACAGGGAUGUAAAGCCAGCCAACUUAGUGGUAACAAAGAGCGGGCAGAUUAAGCUCAUAGAUUUUGGAGCAGCAACAGAUCUUCGCAUUGGCAAGAACUAUGUACCCAACCGCACCUUACUUGAUCCGGACUAUUGUCCCCCUGAACUCUAUGUACUUCCAGAGGAAACACCAAGUCCUCCUCCAGAACCCAUCGCUGCUUUUCUUUCUCCAAUUAUAUGGCAGCUAAACAGUCCUGAUCUAUUUGAUAUGUAUUCUGCUGGGAUUGUACUCCUGCAAAUGGCAAUACCAAGCUUAAGAUCCAGUGCUGGGUUAAAAAAUUUCAAUUCAGAAAUAAAGGCAGCUAAAUACGAUCUGAAUCUUUGGCGGGAGAGGACUCGUUCCAGGCCUGAUUUGACAAUUCUUGACCUUGACUCUGGUAGAGGCUGGGAUCUAGCUAGAAAACUAAUAUCAGAAAGAGAUUCUUUUCAAAGAGGACGUUUAUCAGCUGCUGCAGCUCUGGCGCAUCCUUAUUUUUUGUUGGGUGGUGACCAGGCAGCUGCUGUUCUGUCAAAGUUCAGCUUAACCAAAUAAUAAGAUUUUUGGGAUGUAAAUAUAUAUUUUUUACUCUCUUAUUCUUUCAUUUUGCAGAUUUCACCAGUUUAUAUAGGUUAUUUUCAGAUUUAAUCAAUGAAAACCAUCUCAUCUCGUAUUCUAAGCCCUCCUUUUGGGUUGGGAACAGUUCAAGAAUCUCAAGUUGGUCUGGUAAUGUUUUUGUAUCCAAGGAGGAUUAGCUACCACGUAGAAUACUGUCCAAUCAUUUACUAACAGCUGGUAGUACCAGGUUUGCAAUUUUUCAUGUAAUGCAGAU